UCUGUUUCUAUAAAAGGGUGAACGAUGCUCCCGCGAAAUCGGUAAGAAAUUCAGGGUCGCCCGGAGCUGGUUUUACCUUUAAUGAUGCCUCCAUUAGCCGCUCGGACGAUCACCCCCUGAUAAUAUUCCUGCCGAUCACUACACGAACAUAAAAAUUUCUUAAACCAGCGCGAAGUUUACCAAGGGCAUGCAUUUUCUAUGGGAAAAGCAACACAGGAUAGAUUGGCUACCAUUAGUCGUACUCGCUUUAACUAAAUUUUGCAUUAUGCAUUAUAUCACUUUUCUUUUUUUUUCCUAAUGCAAUAGUUAAUUUUCUAUUCUUAUAUUUUCUACGUUAUAAUCAAAUAUAUAUGCUGCAAGAUUACAUAAUAAAAGAAUAAUCAAAUACUUAUUUAUAUUUCAAAGAAAUAUUACAUCAUAUGGAAUGCGGCAACGUGCAUAGCUCGCAGCUAAAAAUACCGUGCCAAGACUUGAUAUAUUAUGGCGAGUGAGUGAUGACUGUCAAGGUCAUCCCCGUGAUCAGACUCGACGUUUACUCGAAGUUUCGCUUUCUAUCCUGUCAUGGAGCUUUGAAAAAAAAUUCGAUUUCCAAGACCGCGUGGCAAGGAUUUCUGCCCGAAAUUGACAGAAGCGCAUUUUAAAUAAUGUACAAAGAAAAUCAGACGAAAAAAAAAAAAAAAAGAAAAGUACGUGAUUAAAGUACAAUGCCGACUUUCGACCUGGACCAUCAUUCAAACCGGUUUACCUCGGUUAACGUUGUGGAAACAAGAAAAAAGGGUCAUCGUGCGGUUUCUUCCGUCUGCUUCGCGGUAUCGCGACUGAUGCUCCAGCCGGAUCCGAUUAAUUUUAACGUCUACGGUGCGCGCACGUGUGCUACCCUACCGUGGCAUAAAAUCUCGAAAAAAGUCGAACGACCUCAGUUCGGCUUUGGCGUCUUGUCCGGUCUCGUUUUUGCGGCCUCUUCUAGCGCGCGGCGAAACUUUUUCCUUGCGAACAGUCGAUCGAUAGCUCCCGCGGUAGCUACCACGAUUUCCUCUCCCGCGAUCGGCAGACAAUUCAAACUGUUCUAACUCCGCAAUACACUUUGCUAUAAAUGUGUGUUAACUCGGUUAACUUUAUCUUAACUUAAGCCAAUAAGUCAGUAGUAGCCAACAGGUCACUAAUUGUGCGGAGACCUCGUGACAGAUAAUGACACUGAAAAAAGUGACUGUUAUUUUAAUCGUCUUCGUAUGGGCCACUGAUUCUCUGGCGGAUUAUCAUCCUCGUUCAAGGCGAUCAGGCAACGAAUAUAUACUGCACAGAUGUACAGCUACGGCGGAAUUAAUUAGAAGGCAUAGGAAUGAUGAGGCCGGUGUCAGCUCGCGCAAAGCCGAAGGAAACUUGGCACAAUCGCAAACGCAACAAAAAGGUUCUCUGAUUGAUGCCAUUCAAUCUGAAACUUCCAAGCAAAUUAUGAGCGGUGUUUAUCGACGUAUGACUCAUAUGAGGAGACGCGGUAGUGGGCACGCACGUCGAAUCGCAGGCAAACAUUUGGCAGAUACACCCCUCAGAACCGUGAACAUCGACGUACCGCAAGACAGACCAUCGGCCUUCAAGAAGAAGAGUCCGUUACCGGAACUCGCGCGGAAUAUGUCUGGCAGAAAGAUCGAUUCGUCGCCACAUGUAAUAAUUAUCAAGCCUGUUACUUAACACUUUCCCAAUGAUAUUCAAUUUGUGCCGCCGCGGAUUCUGAUUUUACCGCAAAUUAGCGUAACUGUGUAAUAUGCGACUAUUUGUAAUAAUAUUAAUGAUAGGACAUAAUUUUGUGGAAUAAUUUAUCGAUCUUGUCUUUCUACAAAUAUCAUUAAGAAAUGUUACUUUUAAUAACUGCGGCUUUUUAAAAUAAGAUUAUUUUUUAUCGCAUAAUUAAAUUUUCAAACACUAAAAUAAGUAUUAAAUGUUAAAUAAACUUCAAAUGUACUUUUUUUGUAGUUUACAUCGAUAAACUAUCUACAACAUAAA